UCUCCUAGUGGUGAAACGUCAGUUGGCAAGUUGGAAGUUGGUUUUUGAUCGUUGACGCUGCCCAUAACUAGGAAUUGCAUGCCCAGUUCCCCAUAGGUCAUGUCCAGCAUAAACCUUGAUGAUCUCAGAGCAUUCUUAGACCCGAAUUUCCAAGUCGCCCGGCCCCCGGUCGAACCGCUGCACUUUCGCAACGUCGGUAUCUCGGACAUACCGAAUGAACUAUUGCUCAAAAUCCUUUUAUACGAUAUCCGUUGCGGAAAUUGUCCCAGGAGGGACGAUCCAUAUUUCUGGCUGCGACUUACCCACGUUUGUCAACACUGGCGAUAUCUUCUCCUCGCGUGCCGGUCUAUAUGGACCGAUAUCUUUAUCCCAUAUCCUGACGAAGGUCUCCAGACAAUGAUUCGACGGUCUUGGAAGCUGCCACUGUCGGUCAACGUGGAUUGUGACAUCAAUCUACAUGAUGACAUGGCCAUCUCUGGCAUUGUGCGUGUUCCUUCGCUGUUUAUCAGUCCAGCCACUUCCCUCGAAAAGCUCUUCCUAUUUAACGCCGACCUUGACGUGGGUGAACCAGACGAGCCACCGCCAGGGGACUUCUCACAUCACUUGCCGUCUUUGCGCGAGCUCUUCAUACAACGUUCACCAUUCUCCCUUAUCAAGUCUUUUUUAGUGCCGAGUCUGCAAAAACUCGAGCUAGACACCUUUUGGUUCACCGAACCGCGUGUCGAGGAACUGAUGGACACUUUACAAAACCUUCCGUUUCUGGUGGAUUUAAAUCUCAGGGGUUGCCUUGCAAGGGAAGGAGAACCUUGGCUGCCAAACCGGAAUCCCGUGCCUUUGCAUCACCUGCGCAGGUUGAUAGUAUCGAGCACUACGUCGAGGACCUGUUCUUGGUUCCUUCGACAUUUGGAUACACCGGAGAUUGCCCAGUUUGGUACACUCUUAGACGACGGAGAGGAUGCGGUUGUUGAUGCGCGAGUCGUCUCAAGACUGUUCUCUAUCGUUGCUUCGAAGUUCUGUCGGUCGGCGGAUAGUCGUUCAAAUUUGAUUCGUGCAGUACCGGAACUGUCACGGAAUUGGAGAGAUGGACGUAUUUGGCGGGAAGUGCUAUUAUGGCGAGAGAGGUCCUCGAAGAUGCUUCUCCUCCGAGUCAGGUGCAUUUGUCAUUCGGAUGGAAGGAUAGCCAUCCAGAUUUUGUGGCCCAAGUACUGCAGGCCGGUGUCAAGAAUUCCAGCUUUCCGGAAUGUUGGUUCGGUCACUGGCGAGUCCACUCCACAGUGCUGAGACCCUCCUCAUACAUAACUGGGAUGCACGUCAUUUGGCUCAGCUUCUUGCUCCUUCCUCGGAUUUAACUAUGCCUGAAAACCUUAUUAUUCCCCGGCUC